GCUGGCUGGCUGGCUGGUGUGAUGCUCUCUUCGACUCACCUCUCGGCUCGUUGCUGCCACGGAAACUGCAGGCGGGACGGCCUGCCAGACUUGGGAGUUGGCCGAGAGACAGAGAGACGCAAGAGCAGACACGACGUCUCAUGCCCGUCUGCCCAGACCGAGCCGGGCCGGGCCGACGGCGACGGUGACGGCGAGGCAGGCCGGUCUGAGUCGGUGUGCCGUCGGGUCGUCUGCCCGUGGGGCAGAAUGGCGAGGCGAGGCGAGACGAGACGUCGUGCUCUUCUCAUUGGCUCGUGGCGUGGGUUGGGGUGGGGUGGGGUGGGUAGAUAUGUGGCGGAUGGACGAAAGGCGAAUGUAGCCGUACGUGGUAUUUGGGCGAACAGCAAGACCGACACCCUCAUGCCGUCUGCUCUCGCCGGCUCGACCAAUCAGCUGGUCGGUAGGCCAGCCGGUCAGCAGGCCCACUGGCCAGUCGACCAAUCAGCCGGCCAGCCGGUCGGGAGGACGAGUGAUGGCCGGUCAGUCAGUCUCGUGAAUCGAUGA